AGUCACAAUGACCACGACAACUUAUACCAUCAAGCCAGUGGUGCUUCUGGCUCAGAGCAGGCUACCCUUCCUAGGAGGAACAGGGCAGGGGCAGAACAUCUAACUCAGGAGGCAUGGCAACUGAGCUGGAAAAGGCCUUCCACAGAUAUGCUGUGUAUGGAGACACAGCUGCCACUGGAAACGACAUGACGGGCAAGAACUUCUCCAAGAUGUUGAAGGAGUGUGGCGUGAUGGAUGGGAAGCUCGUUACCAGCACUGAUGUGGACAUCCUCUUCAACAAAGUCAAGAGCAAGGGUGCUCGCAACAUCACAUUUCCAGAGUUCCAGGAAGCCCUGAAGGAGCUGAGCACGAAGCGCUUCAAAGGAAAGUCACCCGAAGAGGCUUUGGCAGCCACACACCAGAUGCUGGAAGGCAAAGAGCCGGGCAGCGCGGGGGUAACGAAAACCGUCGCGGCUGGUGCAGUUGACCGGCUGACAGACACCAGCAAAUACACAGGCUCCCACAAGGAACGUUUUGACGAAAGCGGCAAGGGCAAGGGCAUCGCAGGACGUGCUGACCUGGUCAGUAACAGCGGCUAUGUGGGUAACUACAAGGGGGCUGGAACCUAUGACAAGUCCCACUAGAUGUCGGGCACAUCCUCCUGAGAACUCUGCCUGUUCCCACUGCCUUGGAAGGGUAGACAAUAAACAUCUGGCCUGAUCUGUU